UCAGUGAAUCAAGUCAAAGUGUGCGGCAGCAGUAGAAAGAUCUGGCUAUGAAACGCGCGAAUUCUUUCCAUUCUUUGUGAAAAUUUGCAUUGACUGUUCAGUGUAGUGUUUUGAAGUGAAUUUUCUGUGUUAUUAAUUUUUCUGUUGUCGUAACUUAGAAUCACAAGGCAAUUGACGUCCUAAUGAUCAUUUAAUUAGAACUUAAAUACUGAUUCCACGUCAAUAUUAGUUAGUUGCAUUCGAAGCGAAUGAAAAAUUUAUACAAAAAUCCAAUUUAAAACCAAAAGCAAAAUUAUUUAAAAAAAAAAAUGAAUCCUGCAGCGGCAAAAUCGAGAGAGGCCAAAGCAACCAAAGCAACAGAUGCUACGCCAGGUGCAUCCGGUGAACGUAGGCCAUCUGGCUCGUCAGCCCAUCGUGCAUUGAUUCCACCAGCCGACUUGGGACGACGACCAAGUUUGAUCUUAGGCGAUUCGGAAAAUCGAAAAUUACGUCCUGGUGAAGUGCUGGAAGAGAAAAAGGGGCGGAAGUCGUCAAUAUUCGCCAAAGCACUUGAAGGCCAAAUCAAUGACGAAUCGACGCCUUUACGAGAAAUCGGUGAGGUGGGACCACCACAAUUCGUUGACAUGUAUGAAUGUUACUCGGCCGUUGAAGGAGAAACUGGAUAUAUCAGUGCUCAAGUUCAAGGUAUACCGGUGCCCACAUUCAAAUUCUACUACAAAGGUGUGACACCACUUACGGAAGGGCUUCGCUACAAAUUCCAUACCGAUGGUGAAACCAACACAGUCACACUUUGUAUGCGCAACGUUAAAUCAAACGAUGAAGGCAAAUACAAAAUCGUAUUUUCAAACUGUCAUGGUACCGUGUCCGACGAAACGCAACUGUACGUUUCAAAGCCGGGCGUUACGGACUUUCGCACUUUAUUGAGAAAAAGCAAGUACGCCAAAUGGGGAAAGGAUAAGGGCGAUCCAAAGUGGGGCGAUUUGAAAGGUGUGCAAAAGGCUCAUCUCUUGUUUACAAGCCCAUUAGUUGAUCAAACAGUCAAAGAAGGUAAAGACAAGAAGGUCGAAUUUUUGGCAAAAUUCACGAAACAAAACGCUAAAGCGAAAUGGUUCUUUCGAAAGAACGAGCUAUUCAUGGGUGUGAAAUACAAAUUCCGGAGCGAUGGUGAUGCGUAUCAAUUAACUAUUCUAAAUCCGAAAUUCGCCGAUUCGGGAAAGUAUAUGAUCGAUAUUGAAGGUGUACAAUCAUCAGCUUCGUUGAAUGUCGAAGCACCAGAUCCGUCCUAUUCGUUCCUGCAGCCAUUAAAGAAAAACUACAAUGGUUAUACAAAACAUGAACUGAUAUUGGAAUGUAAAGUUAGCGAUCCCGUUGCCAUCGUAUCAUGGCACAAAGCUAAUAUGAAAUUGUCUAGCAACGACAAAUACUUGAUCAAUAAGGAUCUGCAAGGAGUUUGUACAUUGCAAAUCAAAAGUUGCGAGUUGGACGAUGCUGGCGAUUUCACAUGUCAACUUGAAAUGCAGCCCGAUAAAACCGAAACUAAAGUUAAAGUCAUUGAUUAUCCAUACAAAUUUGUUAAAUUGCUGAAAUCACAACAGAACAUUGAAAAGGACACUAUUACGUUUGCAUGUGAGUUGGACGAUCCACUUGGUGAUGUGAAAUGGUUCAAAGGAGCCACAGAGAUCAAACCAGACGGAGAUCGCAUUCAGGUCAUCACAGAAGGUCGCAAACGCAAACUCAUCAUCAAAGAUGCUAAGCUAUCGGAUGCUGAUCAAUACACUUGCGCUAGUAACGCCGAUAAGACUAAAGCCGAUCUAUUGGUCAAUAAACAGAAUAAAUUUAAUAAAGAACUGAAGGAUACUGCGGGUGUCGAACGUGAAAAGAUUGUCUUCGAUAUUGAAUUAGAAGAUGACAAAGCGCCAGUGGAAUGGAAGCUCAACGGUAAGCCUAUUAAGGCGAGCAAACGCAUUGAAAUCAAGAAUUUGGGUGGUGGUAAGCACCAAUUGGUCAUCAAUGACUUGAAAUUGGCUGAUGCAGGCGAGAUUACGGUUGAAUCGGGAAAACUGAAGUCUUCAUGUAAACUGACCGUGGAAAAAGGUGAAACAAAGCCACAAUUCAAGGCACCAAAAGAUAUCGAAGGAUCUGUUGCAGCACCAAUUGUUUUCGAAGUUCCCUAUAAGAUUGAUGGUAAAAAACAAACUCCAAUCGAAGCUUUUCUGCUAAAGGAUGGAAAACCACUGGCGACAAGCGACGUUGAAAUUCAAGUCAAAGAUGACAAAGUUAUCUUCACGAUCAAGAAACCUUCACGCGACCAAUCCGGUCCAUAUCAAAUUAAGUUGUCAAAUGGGCAAGGCGACGAUGUGAAGGAUGUCAAAAUCUCGGUCCAAGAUGUUCCAAAAGCACCAAAAGACGUUGUUGUCCGCGAAGUCUUUGAAAAAACGUGCGUUAUUGACUGGAAAACUCCGACAGAAAAUGGUGGCACACCGAUCCAAAAGUAUAUUAUUGAACGUCUAGACGCUUCAUUGAAGGGCGUUAAAUGGGAGACCGCCGGAGAAGUUCCGGCAGACAAGCCAACCACAUUUAAGGCUGAAGAUCUCACACCUAACAAACAAUACAAAUUUCGUGUUCGUGCAGUCAACAAAGUUGGAACCAGUGAACCAGCCGAAUUCCAAAACACGAUCGUAGCUAAAAAUCCAUGGGUUGAACCAAGCAAACCGAAGAGUCUUGAGAUUGUUGAGUGGGAUCGAGAACAUGCUAAGAUUAAAUGGAUCAAGCCGGACAAUGAUGGUGGGGCUGAGAUAACCGAAUAUGAAAUUGAGGUGAAGGACAAAGGUAGCAAGGGAUGGGUCAAAAAGAAGCGAGUAACUGCUAAAGAAACAACGACAACCAUUACCGAACUCAUAGAGGAUCAGGAAUAUGAGUUCCGUGUACGCGCUGUUAAUAAAGCUGGCCCUGGUGAGCCGAGCGAUCCAAUCAAACUUUUUAUCAAGCCAAACAAAUUCAAUAAGCAGUUGAAGGAUACUGUGGCGACUGAACGUGAAAAAUUGGUGCUUGACAUUGAAAUGGACGAUGAAAAGGCACCAGCAGAAUGGAAGUUCAAUGGAAAACCCAUUACGCCGAGUGAUCGUAUUGAAAUCAAGAAUCUAGGUGGUGGAAAACAUCAAUUGGUCAUCAAUGACUUGAAACUGGCUGAUGCCGGAGAAAUUUCAAUUGAAUCUGGAAAAUUAAAGUCUUCGUGUAAACUAAGCGUUGAGAAAGGUGAAACAAAACCACAAGUCAACGCACCGAAGGAAGUCGAAGGAUCAAUUACGGCACCAAUUGUUUUCGAAGUGCCCUACAAAAUUGACGGUAAAAAGCAAACUCCAAUCCAAGCUUCGCUGCUGAAAGAUGGAAAACCAUUGCCAUCCGACAAUGUUGGUGUAGAAGUUAAGGAUGACAAAGUUAUCUUCACGAUCAAGAAACCUUCACGCGAUCAAUCCGGUCCAUAUCAAAUUAAGUUGUCAAAUGGGCAGGGCGAUGAUGUAAAGGAUGUCAAAAUCUCCGUACAAGAUGUUCCAAAUGCACCGAAAGACGUUGUUGUCCGCGAAGUCUUUGAAAAAACGUGCGUUAUUGACUGGAAAACUCCGACAGAAAAUGGUGGCACACCGAUCCAGAAGUAUAUUAUUGAACGCCUGGACGCUUCAUCGAAGGGCGUUAAAUGGGAGACCGCCGGAGAAGUUCCAGCAGACAAGCCAACCACAUUUAAGGUUGAAGAUCUCACUCCUAACAAACAAUACAAAUUUCGUAUUCGUGCAGUCAACAAAGUUGGAACCAGUGAACCAGCCGAAUUCCAAAACACGGUCCUAGCUAAAAAUCCAUGGGAUGAACCAAGCAAACCGAAGAGUCUUGAAGUUGUUGAGUGGAAUAGAAAACAAGCUACGAUUAAGUGGCUCAAGCCGGAUAAUGACGGAGGCGCGGAAAUAACCGAAUAUGAAAUUGAGGUGAAGAGCAAAGGUAGCAAGGAUUGGGUCAAAAAGAAACGGGUGUCAGCUAAAGAGACAACGACAACAAUUACCGAACUCGUUGAAGAUCAGGAAUAUGAGUUCCGUGUGCGAGCUGUUAACAAGGCCGGUCCUGGUGAGCCAAGUGAUUCAACUAAACUGUUCAUCAAACCAAACAAAUUUAACAAGCCACUCAAGGAUACUGUGGCUGUCGAGCGUGAAAAUUUGGUGCUUGAUAUUGAAAUGGAUGAUGACAAGGCAGAAGCGGAAUGGAAGUUUAAUGGAAAACCCAUUACGCCGAGUGAUCGUAUUGAAAUCAAGAAUCUGGGCGGUGGAAAACAUCAAUUAGUGAUCAAAGAUUUGAAAGUUGCUGACGCUGGAGAACUUUCAGUGGAAUCUGGAAAAUUGAAGUCCUCAUGUAAACUGACGGUUGAGAAAGGUGAAACUAAACCACAAAUCAAUGCACCGAAUGUAGUAGAAGGAUCAAUCACGGCUCCAAUUGUUUUCGAAGUGCCUUAUACAAUUGACGGUAAAAAACAAACUCCAAUCCAAGCUUCGCUGCUGAAAGAUGGAAAACCAUUGGCACCAGGCGACGUUGAAAUUCAAGUCAAAGAUGACAAAGUAGUCUUUACAAUCAAGAAACCUACACGCGAUCAAUCCGGUCCAUAUCAAAUUAAGUUGUCAAAUGGGCAGGGCGAUGAUGUGAAGGAUGUCAAAAUCUCCGUACAAGAUGUUCCAAAUGCACCGAAAGACGUUGUUGUCCGCGAAGUCUUUGAAAAGACGUGCGUUAUUGACUGGAAAACUCCAACAGAAAAUGGUGGCACACCCAUUCAGAAAUAUGUUGUUGAACGGCAAGAUGUGUCAUCGAAGGGCGCCAAAUGGGAGACCGCCGGCGAAGUUCCGGCAGACAAGCCAACCACAUUCAAAAUCGAAGAUCUUACACCAAACAAACAAUACAAAGUUCGUGUUCGUGCUAUUAACAAGGUUGGCACGGGUGAACCAGCCGAAUUCCAAAACGCGAUUCUAGCUAAAAACCCAUGGGAUGAACCAAGCAAACCGAAGAGUCUUGAAAUUGUUGAGUGGGAUAGAGCACACGCGAAAGUUAAAUGGCUCAAGCCGGAUAAUGAUGGUGGCGCUGAGAUAACCGAAUAUGAAAUUGAAGUGAAGGACAAAGAUAGCAAGGAUUGGAAAAAGAAGCGAGUACCAGCAUCUGAAACAACGGCUGAAAUCACUGAUCUCAAAGAAGGUCAGGAAUAUGAGUUCCGUGUGCGAGCUGUUAACAAGGCCGGUCCUGGUGAGCCAAGUGAUUCAACUAAACUCUUUGUCAAACCAAACAAAUUUAACACGCCGCUCAAGGAUACUGUGGCUGUAGAACGUGACAAUCUGGUGCUUGACAUUGAAAUGGAUGAUGAAAAGGCACCGGCAGAAUGGAAAAUUAACGGAAAGCCCGUUAAGCCAAGUGAUCGUAUUGAAAUCAAGAAUCUGGGCGGCGGAAAACAUCAAUUAGUGAUCAAAGAUUUGAAAGUUGCUGACGCUGGCGAAAUUGCAGUAGAAUCUGGAAAAUUGAAGUCGUCAUGUAAACUGACCGUACAGAAAGGUGAAACUAAACCUCAAAUUAAUGCACCGCAGGUAGUAGAAGGAUCAAUCACGGCUCCAAUUGUUUUCGAAGUGCCUUAUACAAUUGACGGCAAAAAGCAGACUCCGAUUGGAGCUUCGCUGCUCAAAGAUGGUAAACCAUUGCCGUCUGACAAUGUUGACAUUCAAGUUAAAGAUGACAAGGUAAUCUUCACGAUCAAAAAGCCGACACGCGAUCAAUCCGGGCCAUAUCAAAUAAAAUUGUCCAAUGGCCAAGGCGAUGAUGUGAAAGAUAUUAACAUCUCGGUACAGGAUGUUCCAAACGCACCCGAAGACGUUAAUGUGCGUGAUAUCUUCGAAAAAUCGUGCGUUAUUAACUGGAAAUCCCCGAAAGAAAAUGGUGGCACACCGAUCCAAAAGUAUAUUAUUGAACAUCAAGAUGUUUCGUCGAAGGGUAAAUGGGAGACCGCCGGAGAAGUUCCGGCCGAUAAGCCAACCACAUUUAUAGUCGAAAGUCUUACUCCUAACAAAGAAUACAAACUUCGUAUUCGUGCUGUCAACAAAGUCGGCACAAGUGAACCGACCGAAUUCAAGAACACAAUCCUGGCUAAAAAUCCGUGGGACGAACCAAGUAAACCGAAGAGUCUUGAGAUUACUGAUUGGGAUAAAGAUCACGUUAAGCUGAAAUGGGUAAAGCCCGAUAAGGAUGGUGGUGCAGAAAUUACUGAAUAUGAAAUUGAAGUGAAGGACAAACAGAGCAAGGAAUGGGUCAAAAAGAAACGGGUGUCAGCUACUGAAACAGCAACAACUGUUAGCGAACUUAUAGAAGGCCAUGAAUAUGAGUUCCGAGUGCGUGCUGUUAACAAAGCUGGUCCCGGUGAGCCAAGUGAUGCAACUAAGCCAAUGGUUGUGAAAAGUCGAUUCGUUAAGCCGUUCAUUACCGGUGAUAAGUUGAAAAAAAUCGUAAUUAAGAAAGGCGAGCAAGUUAAGUACGAAAUUCGUUACGGCGGUGAGCCUGAACCGGAAGUCAAAUGGGAAAAAGAUGCUAAGAUACUAACGUCUGAUAAUCGCAUUAAAAUUGAAAAAUCUGCAGGCACCACCAUUUUGACCAUUCAAAAUGCGGUUCGUAGUGAUUCGGGUAAAUACAAACUUAUAUUAACCAAUGGCACGGGAACGAUUGAUUCUACUGGAGAAGUUAUUGUUCUUGACAAGCCAUCAGCACCUAAAGGACCAUUAGAAGUGUUCGAUAUAAUUGAGGACGGAUGCAAACUUAAGUGGAACAAAUCCGAUGACAAUGGUGGUAUCGAGAUCUUGGAAUAUAAAAUUGAAAUAUUUAACAAAACAACCAAUAAUUGGUCGCUCCUAACUAAAAUUAGUGGUGAUAAAACGAAAUAUACCGUCACUGAUUUAACAUAUGGUCCUGAAUAUAAAUUCCGUGUGUCGGCUAUCAAUAAGGAAGGAGAAUCUGAGUCACUAGUCACUGAAAAUUGGACGAUGACCAGGAAAGCAGAAACCGAGAUUGUCGAAUACAAGAGUGACACUGGGGCUGAAGUCGGUGUUUCUACAUGCACCACCGAACGGAGAGCGCAAAGCGGCGAUGUAGAAACUACCACUAAAACAACAGUUACAACCACAACAACGAAAAACCAGAUACAGGAUGGCAAUAUCACACGCACAGAAACACGUACCGUGAAAAAAAUUGUCACACAUACAACAGAAGAAGAGGAAUUUGAGGAGUAUUACGAAGAGGAUGAAGAUGAGGUUGAGGAAUAACAUAUUCUCAGAUGUCAACGUUUUCAUAGAUUUAUUAUUUUAAGUCAUAAGAUGUUUUUUUUUUGCAAUUUAAAUUUACUUUGGCAUGUAACACAAUAUUUCGUCCCACAGUAACGAAAAAUCCUAUUUUUAAAAUUUAUAUUCGAUUUUUGGCUUGUAAUUGACUGCGUAAUUUUUUGUGAAUAAAAUUUUACUACUU